UGUUUAUUUCCUUUUAACUUGGCUACACUAAGAUACCGUGGCUUGGUGACGGUAAUACUGUUAUUAUUAGGGAAAUGAAAUGACCAUGAAAUAUGAAAUCUGAUCCGUUGUCUGACAGCCUCCCUACAAUUAAUGCAGACCAGCUGACUAAAGCAGUUAGCCUAGCAGCUGGUGGUGCUUUAUCAGACCUUGACACAGACAAUCCUGAAGAUGAUUGGUCAAAUAAAGAUCCAAAGUCUAAGCUUCGUGAAGGGAAUAAAACUACUUCACAUUUACAACAACAAACUACCCUGGAGCUAUUGGAAAGUCUAUCCACCUCUGUUACAUCUAACUUGUCAAAAUUAAAUCAAAUAGAUCUGCAGCAACCAUGCACUAGCACUCUGUCUAAAACUAAACAGUCUACAAGUGGCCCUAAAAAUAAGCAACCACACAAGAAUACGGCGGCUGUCUUCAAAAAAUAUUCAAGUCGCAAAAAUUAUAAGCUUCUUCCACCUUUAAUACCAAGUCAAAUCCAAGCAAGUUUACGAAAAGCCACGCCUGAAACUGUGACACACAAACAGUUAGUGACCAUAAGCCACAACCCCAACCCCCGCAGUCCAUUGGACAUCAAAAACAUGCCAGUGCGUCUAGCUCGCUACACAACCAACUACGUGUUUGUUCGUACUGCAGCGCCUGCUCAGUCUGUUGACAUAAGUAAUGAAUCAACACCCUGUAAAACACCAGUAAGUGGUAAAGAAGACUCAAAUGCAACCCUUCCAACAACUUCACCCCUGAAGCUGAUAUUGACUGCCACAACUUCAACAUCUUCCACUGCUAACAAACAACUUGGCAUACCUUUGGCACCCAAAAUGGUCAACAGCACAACUGCAAUAUCAACACUACAGCCAACUCAAAUUCACCCCAACAGUGUGCCCAUGCAAAGAAUCAUAGCUGUACCAAUAAACCUUAGCACUUCUUCGCAGAACAACCACCUAAAAACAGGAAAAAACGAUACAGGUGUUAUUGUCUUACAAGAAUCAACUAUUAUUCAGGAUGAUUCAUUGAAGAAAGGAGAGCCAGACAUUAAGAAUGAUGUGCAUAAAAACAAUAUGGAAAAUUCCUCAUUAUCUGCAUCAACAAUUCAUCCCCUUGGUCAGCCAAUGAUGGUAUCUAACCCAAGCAAUAAAAUCUCACCAGACUUGGCUAAAACAAAUGCUCAGAAAUCUCAAACUCCCUGUGUGGUACGCCCUGCAGACUCCCUUUCAUCAGCAGCCAUUUUGAAUCUCAUCAGCAGCAUUAUCUCUAGUCCCGGGGGUGUUGUUUUCACCAAGCCACUUCCCUCUACCAACAACCCAGAUCAAACCAACAAUCCCCAAAAGACUAACGUAAAAUCUGUUGAAAUCAAAACAAACCAAUCGAAGCUGUGUUCCAUUCUUCAAAGCCCACCCAUCUCAAGUAAAAGUACAACCAACAUUUCAAAUCCAAGUCGAAUUUUCUCCCCCAUUGUUCCCAAACUCACUCCAACAGUACUUAUUAAGAUACCCACAGUUUCCAUGGAAACGGCAAGCAAGUCUUCUAAUCCUGUUACUCAUGAAUCCACGGUGAGCCCCCUUAUGCAGCCAGCACUGACUAAACAAGUCAGCCAACUUGAUUGGUCCUCACCAGUCAAAAAUCACAUUGACGCUAAUAAAACGCAGACUCCUACAAAAUCUCCCAUAGCUGUAGUGCGCCUGCCAUCACAGGCUUUGAAUGCUGGGCUUGUAAAUCCUGGUUUGGCUUUCACUAACCCUAUUACUACUGUAGAGUCUGUACCUAAAACUAGUAAUGAAGGUCCAUCUUUAUUACUUUCAAGCUCUCCAGUUUUAUCAACAUCUAGUGAUAACUUAACCUUUACUAGCCAGAUUUCUCAUAUGUCAAGCCAAAAUAAACCACAUACAAGCCAAACAGCCAUACCACCAGUUACAACUAUAACAACAGCUGGUGAAACUGAAACCUUCUUGAGCCAGAUUUCUCAAUCUUCUAGGCUAAACAAGCCUCACUUAGGCCAAACGGAUACGACAUCAAUAGCCACAAUAAUGUCCUCUAAUGAUGGUCAGUCCUCAAGUUUUACAAGACUGCGGAGCUCAGUCUCUCACCAGGAAUCAAUCAAAUCCAUCCUUUCCUCUACAACUUGCUCAACUGUCAGCCACCUAACACAGCAAACCAAGCCCUUGACAAAACUACCCCUGACUGUUGUCUCAGCCCCCUAUCUUACCCACAUCUUCCAGAAACCUGACCCAGCCAAAUGCAGUUCAAAAACACUGGUCACAAAUUCCACAUCCUUAAUCUCCAGUUCCUCUAUAGCUAACACUUCACAUCAUAAUCUGGUGCCUAGCUCUCAGACUUUUAUUUCCACCACAUCAACAGAUUCCACCUUCUCCACCGCGGCAGCAGUGGCAGCGAUGGUAUCUUUGUCUGAAACCAAAUCGUCACUUUUGUCUGUACCCUCUAUCAGCCCCCCAAACCAUGCCCCACCUGACUACUCAACCAAUCAAAACCCUGUAUCAAAUCCACAAAACAAAUUACAAAACCAUUUUCUUGUUCCGUCCUCCAAUAAAGCCAAGCUAGUUAUCUCCCCUGCUGGUAUCCAACAUUUACAGUCGUUGCUAAGAAAACAGGGAAUUUCAGAAGGAUAUUUUGUCAUCACCUCCCCUAGAGUUCAACCACCUGUUCCUGAGAAGCCCCAACAACUUGAACCUGGUCUUGUCACCACAAAAAGUAAGAAUUUACCAUGCAGUAGAAUUCCAGAAUUUCCAGCAUCUUCUGAUUUGCCUGGCACUUCAAAUUUAACCUUAGAGAAACACGCCAACAUGAACCAUAGCGUUGAAGGCACUGCGAAACUUCCUGCUAGCUUCCAAACUUUUGCCGAUGAAGACAGCAACAGCGACAGUAGCUCGUCAACUGAUUCCAGAUCCAGCUCCAGAGCUCUGGUCAUUGAAACAGGUGAAGACGAUGAACAAUUACAAAUGGACAAUGUUUCAUCUCCCAGCUCUGACGAGAAGGCAGAGUCGCCACAAGACCCCAUGAAAAGGAUCGCAGACAAUAUAUUUGAACCAGAUAAUAACAGUCAAUGUUCAACAGUCGAGGGACAGAAAGUUCCAGGUGCAAGCUGGGAAACAUCGGCUCACAGUAGCAGUUUAAAUAUCCCACAGAGCCCUCUGUCUCUGACAGACCUCAUUCGACAACAGCAGAACAGAGGCAGCUUCUCUAGACAGAUAGACUACAACUUUCUCACCUCUCCGGAAACCAGGAAAAAGGAAAGCGACGCCGCCAUCAGAACCGACACCAAAUCCCUUCCCUUGCCUUCUUCUGAAAGUGAAGAUUUUGCAUUCCCUUUGCCUGUUUGCCCAGCGUCAUCCUACUGUUCCCUGGCACACACACAUCAGAGUAACCCUGCUGAGAUGCCAUCUAGCUUCCAGCAUGGCCUGUAUUCCUCCUCUAGUUCUCUCUACUCUAAUGACAUGAGUUUAGACCACCACUCUAGCAUGGAAUCCCGCACACACAUGGGUGAAAGAACAUCCAACUCCCCUAAAAACCUCUCCACACCACUGAGCAUGCCGAGUCCCAAGUCUCCAUUAUCCCUAAACUCUAACCAGCCUUUAGAUCACAUUGCGCCACUGAAUCCACCAAUGACGCCAAACACCAUGCUCAUCAACCUGCUGAACAGAGUGCCCACACCACUGUUAACCAACCACCAGGAUUUACUGACCGUCCCCACCUCACAGGAAAACAACAACCAUGACCCCGAAACUGGUCUCGGUAAUUUCUACAUCAACGGAGGAAAGAGAAUUGAAAGCAUAUUUGCAGGAAAAAGCAUGACAUACAACGACAGCGUCACGCAUUCGCAUCUCAACAGCACCCCAGGAAAAAACAUGUCUUACCCUGAUAAUGUUGGUCAUUCACAUAUUAACAAUAACCCAAAUGAGGGAGAUAUUUUAUACAGAGAUCCACGAGCUCUCUCAUCCUCUUCUGGGAAGUUUAGAUCUGUACAAAAUGCACUGGAUCUCAUCACAUCCAGCUACUCAACCAGCAACCAAGAUAACCUUACAUUGGCUCAUGAAGGAGAUAGAGACUUCAACAUGCAGGACAUGGGAUCAAAACCCUACGAAACCUCAUUUUCUAGUUGCCAUUUAAACAGAGAAAACGAACCAAUUGACUAUUCAGAAAACUACCAGCAUAGCUCUAACCACAACUCGUGCCAGAGUUUUCACUGCAAGUCCUGUUCAGACCCCCUGGUUGUCAGGGUGAACCUUGACUCCGAGUCUAACUCUGUCCCGGUUACACUAUCUCACAGAAGUGGAGAUAAGCGCGACGAGGAACUGCUAGCAACAUACGAGCAGGCUAGUUUAGGUUCGUCUUUGAAUAUUCAAAAGCACAACUGUCUUCAGGAAACAUCCAACGUCUCGCCAAGCAUAACCCCGGAUAAGUCAGCCGAAUCCGAUACAGACAUUCUACGGCAUUUAAUUUUAAACACCGGUACAUCCAGCUCUUCGUACCACUCGAUGCAGCGUGCGGAAGUCCUACAGGACCAGCACUUCAGCACAGCCCAGUCUUCGUUCAGUUUGUCCCAAAACAACAUGUCACCCGAAUCUCAAUUUCGUUGCCAGGUAGACUCCUUCUUGGAGCCGGAGAACACGCAUAAAAAUCUCCCAGACUCGGGUUUGAAUCAAAGCAGCCCCUUCAACUCACAGAACAAUAAUUUCCUUCAUCUAGAACACCAUACUCACAGCCAGCCGUCUCCCACGUUCAACGACUCUGACACAAAUUUUAAAACAAAUUCAUUCCAGAACCCCGCCCACCAGUCCUACGAAAACACAGCGACCCAGCCAUUUGACAGUGAAGCGAACUCAGCAUUAGGUAGUCAAGCUGCCUCAGGUUACAUCAUGCCGACUAAUUUAACUGAAGACUCGUCAUUCAAUGUCCAAGACAUCACAAAAAAUAACAUGCCGUUAUCACAUGACUUUCUGGGGUCAAACGAAAGGCUACAGCAUUUAAAUGGGUUCCAGACAGACACCCACCAGGAUGGGUUAUUUUACCAACACCCCCACCCCCCUCAGGCCAACCUCCACGAGCAACAGAAUCUCCACCACUACAACCCCACCCACUCGCACCAAGACCUGGAGUACCACAUGGAUGAUCUCCCUUCCACUCACCAAACCCACCAGUACCCAUCCUCGUCUCUCUCCCACCCGGACUCUUCCCGGAUAUUCACGGAUCACAGGGAUAACGUUGGAUUCAUGGACGGCCAGUAUUCAUCUCAGUACUACGACACCGCCAGCGUCUCCUCAAAUCUGCCGAUGUUUUCUCAGCAGUGUGCUGUUGGCUCUGAGGCUCCCCAAUUGGGCACAUCAGCCACACUGUCAUGCAACAUUCCAUUCAGCACUGCUCCAACAGGUCUACAUCUAGAGUACCGGUUUCCCCCUGACGAUGAGGAUGGUAGUAACAUAGAAAAACAGCCUGUCUUGCCCAGUGCGUCUUUCUCCCCUCCAAGUGUUGCGGACCAAGCUGCCACCCCUGAUCCUAGUGGGAUGAACAUGUACAAUGGAACCUUCCCUAAUUUGUCCAUGUAUGAAAUGUAUGUAAGGGGAGGCAACCCAGAUGGUAGAGGUGGAACCAUUGAUGCUGCACAGGAACUUGGAAAUUUUUGUGUUGAAUGCAACAUGAUGUACAAAGCCCAGUGCAAGUUUCACCCUUGCGAUUACACCUACAUCUCGGACACGCCCAUCUUGUCGCACGCCAGGCUCACCCUGCCCAACUGCCUCAGGCUGGCCACCUCGGACAUUGCUGGACAUACCAAUAAUACUGGUGUAUUUGCUAAAGAGAGUAUAGCUGUCAGAACAAAGUUUGGGCCUCUGAUUGGCUCCCCAGUGUCAUGUGACAAGCUGGGCUCAACCAGAAGUUUUUCCUUAUGGCAGACUUUCAUCGGAACCAAUGCUAAAGUGGUGGACACAAGUGAUGAAAACUCAUCCAAUUGGCUGAUGUUUGUCAAACCAGCGAGGCUGUCGUCUGAACAAAAUCUGGUGGCGUUCCAGCACGGCAGCAGCGUGUACUUUGUGACCCGCGUCAACAUUGAGCCCGGCCAGGAACUCUUGUACUGGUUUGCUAAGGACUAUGCCAGGAUGCUUGGUAUUUCAGCCAAGCCCAAAAAUGCCCACCACCAGCUUUGUCCACACUGCACAGUUUGUAAACAAGUUUUCCCUGAUAGAAAACAAGUGCGUAACCACAUAAGGCUGCAGCAUCCAAAGCCGUGCACCAAGAAGUGCAGUCAGUGCAACAGAAAGUUUUCCCAGGUGUCGCACCUCAACGCACACAUUGCAUCCGUGCACCUGCGUGAUAAAAAGUACGUCUGUCCCCAGUGCGGCAAAAGGUUUUCAGACAGCAGCAACUUCAGAAAGCACGUCAAAGCUCACAGUGAUGAACGCUGUUUUAAAUGUCAGCUUUGCGGCAAAGAUUUCCGUCAAAAAGCCCACCUCAAACACCACAUGAACACGCACAUGCCUGUGAAGAAUGAACAGUGUGGGAUCUGUGGGGAGAGGUUCACUCGAGCUUUCACCCGCAAGCAACAUGAACUGCAGCACACUAAGCAGAAUAAGAUUCAGUGUGUCCACUGUGAUAAGAUCUUCUACAAGCAGCAAGUCUACAAGCAACACUUAAAAAUCCACAUCAACGAGCGCAACUAUGUCUGUACACACUGCAGCAAAGCUUUCCGCACCAAAGCAAACUUGACCCGCCAUGGCCCGGCUUGUAAACAGAAGAAGUGCAUACUCCCCCUCCCCCCAGUCUCACCCCAAGCCACCCUGCCUCCCCCACCCCUUCCAACCUUGUCCUCUGACUUUCUGCACCCUGAUGUUAACUUGUCCAGUUACAAUGAUACCAAAACUUCAUCGGACAGUGUUCAGUAAGCUGCUGGUCAUUAUAUUUAUUUAUCCUAACCGUACAUGUCUGUGCUGAUGACAUACCAUUGUAUUGUUUGUGGUUUAGU